GGCCACGCCCAGGCCAGGCCAGGCGCCCCCGGCCGCUUCCUCCUCCGGCCGGGCCGCUCCGGGUCGGCAGAGCAGGGUCCCCGGCAGAGCCCCUGCGCGCCUCGGCCUUUUCCUUUUGUGACCCCCCUCGGCCAGUGGCGGCGGUUUCCCUUCGAGCUUCCAAAUAAAGAAAAAAAAUAUUGCCACUGGAUGCAGCAAACUAGGAAUCAUGGAUCUGAAAUUCAAUUCUUCUCGGAAAUACGUUUCUAUCAGCAUACCUUCAAAAUCUCAAACUAUGUCACCACAUAUCAAAUCAAUAGAUGAUGUAAUAGUCCUUGGUAUUAAUCUCAGCAAAUUUAACAAAGCUACUCAAUUUUUCAUUUGUGUCUCUGGAGUCUUUCUGUUUUAUCUUAUUUAUGGAUAUCUACAAGAACUAAUAUUUUCAGUGGAUGGUUUUAAACCCUUUGGGUGGUACCUUACAUUAGUGCAAUUUGGAUUUUAUUCCAUUUUUGGGCUCAUAGAACUGCAGCUUAUUCAGGAUAAAAGGAGAAGGAUCCCAGGCAAAACCUACAUGAUAAUAGCUUUUCUAACAGUGGGGACAAUGGGUUUAUCAAAUACCUCCUUAGGAUAUCUGAAUUAUCCUACACAAGUAAUCUUCAAGUGCUGUAAACUGAUUCCAGUUAUGAUAGGAGGAGUCUUUAUACAAGGAAAGCGUUAUAAUAUUGCAGAUGUUUCUGCUGCGAUAUGUAUGAGCUUGGGCUUAAUAUGGUUUACUCUAGCUGAUAGUACAGUUGCACCAAAUUUCAACUUCACAGGUGUGGUCCUUAUAUCCCUGGCCCUCUGUGCAGAUGCAGUCAUAGGAAAUGUACAGGAAAAAGCUAUGAAGUUGCACAACGGCUCAAACUCUGAAAUGGUUUUGUAUUCCUAUUCAAUAGGUUUCCUGUACAUUUUAUUGGGUCUGACAUGCACUAGUGGCUUAACCCCUGCAGUAACAUUUUGCUCAAAGCAUCCAGUUCAAACAUACGGCUAUGCAUUCUUGUUUUCCUUGACGGGCUAUUUUGGAAUCUCUUUUGUCCUGGCUUUGAUUAAAAUCUUCGGGGCUCUUUUAGCUGUAACAGUCACAACAGGAAGGAAAGCAAUGACGAUUGUACUUUCCUUUUUGUUUUUUGCAAAACCGUUCACAUUCCAGUAUGUGUGGUCAGGCUUAUUAGUUGUCCUUGGUAUAUUUCUCAAUGUUUACAGCAAGAAUAUGGAUAAAAUCAAGCUGCCUUCACUACGCAGUCUUUGGCAUAAAUCUGUUGAAGACAGAAAGACAAGGACGUUGUCCCAAACUGUGUAGAUGAUGGAGGUGCCAUGCACUGUGCUGGACUGGUCAUUUCUGUUACUUUGUCCCAAUAGUCUCAGCUGAUUAAUUUUCCAAAGGGAAUGAUAACUAAAACCAAAGGAGUCAGAGGCAUUUUGUCUACUUGUGGAUGGCUGGUGUCAAUAUUUUUUUGGACCACACGGACCUCAUCAUGGGAGGGGGCUAUAGCCUGGAUAAUGCCAUUUGGCAGUGGGCUUUGAAGGAUAGCAGUUCUUGGAAGAGGUAUUGGAAUUUUCACUCUGAAUUGAGCUUUAGGGAUGGGACGUGUGUAAUUUAAUUUGGGCAUUUUAAUUGUAUCGAAGAUGCUGCUGUUGCUGCUACUGCUGGGCCAGUGGGUCUUUUAUUGUUGGGAUCAGUUUAUUUAAAUGUAAUGUUGUCUUAAUAGCAAUUAAUCAGAACCUGAUUAACAAAGGAGAAGAGAGUUUAAGCCCACAAGCUUCAGAUCAUUAUGCCAUAAUAAAAAAAGUGUCUCCAUUUUUUAAAAA